GUGUUGGCACCGCUAAGUCAGAUCGAUGAAGCCAGAAAGGGGCAAUAACGCUGGAGGACAGACUUGAGUAUAAAACGAGCUGACUCCGCCCGUCGACAAGGUCUUCUUCUUUUUCGUGCAGCAGCAUCGUGUCAAUUCAAGGCUAUUACAUUUGCCUCUCGUACAGUUCUGCUCAAGAUGCAUCCUAGUGCUCUCCUGGGUCUUUUGACCUUCGCCGCGGUGGCCACGGCUGUCCCUGCUCGCCCCGAACAUGCCCAAUCCACCAGUAACCUCAAGGACAAGAUCAAGAAUGUCGUCGUCCUUAUUAUGGAGAACCGUUCUGUUGACAACCUGCUGGGCGGUCAGACCAUCAAGGGCCUGGAGAACCCGAUCCAGAAUGGCCCAUUCUGCAACCCCUAUAAUCUGACCAACCCCGCCGAAGGAAUCGUCUGCAGUGCUGCUAAGGACUACGACUCUAUUAGCGACGACCCGGACCAUGCAGUAUACGGGAACAACCUGGAAUUUUUCGGUUCGUUCACUCCUGACAACAGUGCCAUUGCAUCCGGCAAGUUGAAGCCCAACCAGAAGGGUUUUGUCCACGAGCAGAUUCGUGUAUAUGGUUCCUCAGCAAACAAGACAGAGCUAGCCACUCAGGUGCUCAACUACUACACCGAGGAACAGGUUCCUGUCCUUACUGCCCUGGUGCAGAACUUUGUUACGUUCAACCACUGGCACUCCGACGUCCCUGGGCCCACAAACCCUAACCGUGCUUAUGUGGUCUCUGGAACCUCUUAUGGCCACGGUACAAAUGAUGCUGCCUUCGACCAGAGCGUUCACGGCUUCCCCCAGAGGUCCAUCUUCCAGCAGCUGAACGAGACCGGCCACACCUGGAAGAACUACUAUGACCCUGCCGGUGGUACUGGCCCUGACGCCGCCUUCUUUAACUGGACUUACAACAGUGGCAACUACGACAACAUUGAGCCCAUUGCCAACUUCUACACUGAUGCCGCCGCGGGCAAGCUCCCCGAGUUCACCUACAUCAACCCCUCUUGCUGCGGUGUUGGCACCAACUCUAUGCACCCGUCUGGCCUGAUCUCUGACGGUGAGGCCCUGCUGAAGAAAGUCUACGAGUCUCUGCUUGCCUCGCCUCAGUGGAACAACACCCUGUUCUUCAUUUCUUUCGAUGAGACCGGUGGCUUCCACGACCACGUGCCCCCGCCAUUGGCUCCCGCUCCCGACAACCUUAGCUACACCACCAGCACUCCCGAUGGCAAGGAAUACACCCUGCCAUUCAACCGUGUCGGUGGCCGUGUCCCUACCUUCCUGAUCUCCAACUGGGUCGAAAAGGCCUACGUUGAGCAGCAGGCCAAGAACUCGGAGGGCAAGACCGUUUCUUACUCCGCCUCCUCCCUUCUGCGCACUCUGGGUGACCUGUGGGACUUCGAGCCCUUCACUCCUCGCGUUGCGUAUGCUCCCUCGUUCGGCCAUCUGAUUCAGAAAACCGCCCGUACUGAUCUUCCUAAAACCUUGCCCGCUGCCGAAGCCUUCAAGAACUAGAUGGGGAAGGUGGGCCUCUUGAGAACGAGAUCUAGACUAUCCUGCGUCACGAGUUCCAAAUGUUGAUAUACAUGAUAUACGUGAUGAAAAUACUCUAGAUUCACAAAAUGAACAUACGG